AUGUUCAAAAACUGCAUUUGUAAACCAAAUUUGUCAUUUAGAGGAUCAAUUUCAGUUAUAAAUGUAAUCAGUCAAAGAAGUAUUGAUCAAAAUAAUAUCUAAAUAGGUCGUAGAUACAAAGACUGGAGAAUUUUACUACUUUUAUUAGCUCAUCCAAUUCAAAAGAUAUCAAUAGUUAAUCAAAAAAGGAAAAAUGCAUUUAUUCAAUUGUACUAAACAGAAAAUGAUAUAUUAUUCUUAUAGUUGCUCAUAUUAUAUGGAGCACUAGUGCUUCGAUUAAAAAUCAGAUCAAUAAUUUUACUUUCUGAAUAAAUAAUCAGACUUAGACAAUAAGAACCUAAAGUUUUAACAAUAUAAUAUUACCUAUUCACAAAGAUUAUAAAUCAUUGUCUUUCUUGUAUAUUUAUAGAAUACAUCUAUUUUUUUCAUAAAAUACUAUAUUUAUUUAUUGACGUACUUAAAUUGAAUCAGGAUUAUCUAAGUUUGUGGUUAGAAAAAGUGACUAAAACAUUUCAAAUGCCUUUAUUUUGCAUUCGCAUCCAGGUUAUUGCUUUCUUUAUGUUCCUUUGCAAUGAACUGGAUUUAAUUCCUUGCCUGCUAUUGUAUUACAAGUUAUGGCUCAUAUAUGCAAUCGCUACUAAUAGAGUCUCAUUUAAUUUUACACAACAUGCAAAAUAAAGAGAAUGUGUAGUAAUUGAAGGGAUAUGUGAAAGCAUUGCAAGUUAAAGUGGGUUCUACAUUAGCAGUCAAAAAUAGAAAUUUGAAUACAAUUAUUCAUCAAAUAUGCUCGAGAAAAUUAAAGUUCAUAUUCGGUAAUAGUGCAUUUAGAUGCAGAAAUUCUUGUGUAAAAGUUGA